CCUCCGUCAGAGAGGCUUAAAGGUCCAUUGGACACUCUGUCUAUCCCCGUCUCUACUUUAGAAACACCCCUUUAGCAUUGAUGCCCACCUCCUCUUGACAACUCAUCCCACCUGAGAUCUCCACCUACACUCCCACAUUACCUCACACCUAUGUCUUUGCGACAGGUGGACAGAGGUGGCAAGCGAACGCAGCUGAGUUGACUUUACCAACCCAGUUCACAGUCUGGUAAAGAUCCGCUGAGUGGAUUCGUCUGUUGACGUUCUGAAAUCCUGUUUUGUUUUGACUCUCUGGGUGUGUUUGGUCGGCCAAGUUAGCUGACUACAAAAGGGAGACCCUUUUUGUUUGUUAUUGUUAGCAUUUGAAGAGGACCGAAAAGGUAAACGCUUACCUUUUCUAGACUCAUCCAGAUUUAUUUUGAGAGAAUUGUCUUCUUGUGGUGGAGAGCCUCAAGUGAACAGUCACCAUGUGGGAGUUCCGGUCUAUGAAUUUCUGGCGGGCAGUCUUUGCAGAGUUCUUCGGGACCAUGUUCUUCGUAUUUUUUGGCAUGGGCGCUGCCCUGCGCUGGACCACUGGGCCUCAUCAUGUGCUUCAUGUGGCCCUGUGCUUCGGCCUGGCAGCUGCCACCCUCAUCCAGUCCAUUGGCCACAUCAGCGGCGGCCACAUCAACCCUGCCGUCACCUUUGCCUACCUGGUUGGCUCACAGAUGUCUCUUUUCCGCGCCAUUUUCUACAUCGCUGCCCAGUGCCUGGGUGCUGUAGCUGGGGCUGCUGUGCUGUACGGGGUCACGCCUGGCAACAUGAGAGGCAACAUGGCAAUGAACAUGCUGCAGCCUGGCAUCAGCCUGGGAAUGGCCACCACUGUGGAAGUUUUUCUCACCAUGCAGCUCGUCAUCUGCAUCUUCGCUGUGACUGAUGAGAGGAGAAACGGACGUCUUGGAUCUGCUGCCCUCUCCAUUGGCUUCUCUGUCACCAUUGGACAUCUCAUGGGGAUGUACUACACCGGUGCUGGAAUGAACCCUGCUAGGUCCUUUGCCCCUGCUGUGCUCUUCAGAAACUUUAUUAACCACUGGGUGUACUGGGUCGGUCCUAUGAUAGGAGGUGCCAUGGGUGCCCUUCUGUACGAUUUCAUGCUGUUCCCACGCAUGAGGGGUCUGUCCGAGCGCCUGGCCACGCUGAAGGGCAGCCGGCCCCCCGAGAGCGAGACCCAGCAGGACACCCGCGGGGAGCCCAUCGAGCUCAAGACGCAAGCCCUAUAAACCUGCCCCUGCCCCCUUCUCUGACUGGGGUCGAGGGAUGAGGACAAGGCCCUGAGCUACGCCAACUCCACCUCCACUGCCCCCACCUCAUGCCUUCACACGCCACCACACAACGCUAACCCAAGUACUCACAUGUAGACUAGCACGUAAUGAGAUUUUCCAGCGCCACUGUAAAAACCGACACACACACACACACACACACACACACACACACACACACACACCACACACACACAGGUUCACCACUUUCAACCUCAGCACACAACAAGCUUCCUUGACCCCCAGUCCUCACUCUGUAUUCUGAACUGGACAUUGUGUUAUUGAUAAAUGGUGACCAGAGCCUGAACCAGUAGCCGUCUUGUCUCUCCCUGGCCGCCUGCUUCCUCCUCCCAGCCAGGCUUUCGUCUGUAAUGCAGAGGAGAGUGGAAACCCUGAAAGCCAGCAGAGAGUGGUUUGGGGGAGGCGGGUGUUGGGGAGGGAGGCCGGAUGAGGGUGAGGCAGGGAUGUGGGUUUGAUAUGAGAAGGGUAAGAGGGCAUGGGCUAGGUGAGGGUGGAGUAGAGGGGUGGGGACUGGGGUUUGGGUAGGAUAGAGAGGGCAACACUCUGGGUUUGUGGUCGUUUCAGGUUGGGUUAGACCAGUGAAGAUGGGCAUGCUUUUCAUUAUUCAUCUGAAUUUAUCUCCAUUUUAGUUUUUUUUUCCUGCACCUCAGACACAAGACGUGGAUGUAUGAUACCAUUAGAUUUGACCAGGUUUUCAUAAUUUUCAAUCACUACAUUUUAUCUGUGGGUUUGUGUUUGUGUGUGUGCAAGUGUAUGCGUGAGAGUGAGCGUGUGCAUGUGUGUGCGCCUGCCCGUACGUAUGAGUGUGUUUGCAAGUGAGUGUGUAUAUGUGUGUACGUGCAUGAUCACGAUUGCAGAUACAGUACUUUUUAUUUUGUUUUAUUUUCAUUACCACUCUCCUGUUUCGUACCAUUAACUGUGUUCAUUUUGUCAUCAAUUUUUAAGACAUGAUCAUUUCUCCUCCCCUCACUGUGGUAUUUGCUAUGAUAUUCAUUUUUACAUAAACCAUCUGCUUUUUUGUUCUGAACCAGCGCAAUCCAAAGCAAAUGUUGUAUCCCAGACUUCAAUAGUAGGUCUGCAGAUCGGCUGUGCGAGCUUUACAUUCAGUCUCCUUUUAUUAUUUGAUCCUUACUGGGAGCACAAGGUGUUUCAAUAACAAUUUCGAUGAUAAUAAACAUAAAAACUUGA